GAAUGCAAUAGGCAAAGAGGGCUCUCGCUCUUUCUCUUCUACAGUGCAUUAGGCAAAGAAUUCUCUCUCCUCUCUCUCUCUCUCUCUCUACAGUCCAUAUACACAACGCUAGCUUACACAAGGCUUAUCAAAAUAUCCCUCUCUUCAAAAAGGAGAAAAACUUGCACCCUAAACGCUUCUUAUCUCAUGUGGCGGAGAGAGGGUUUGAGAGACUGUGUUCUUCUGAAUCUGUGUGGGGAUUGAUUUUGAUGCUGAGGGAGGAGAAAUCGGUUUGUGGGUCUUACUCGCUACGAUCUAAUUUCUUGUGUUGAGCCUCCUUCGAUAGCCUCCUAUUUCUUCCUUCGCUUCCUUUCUGUCUCUUUCUGAUCGGGUUCCGCCAUUAAAAAGGUAGAGCUGGCAAGCAAGUGGUGGGAGAGAAGGCUUGAUGUGGGAGCCAUGGCGGGGCUGGAUCGGGGAUCCCCCUCCUCCUCCGCCGCCGCUUCCCACUAUGCGCACCACCUUCUCCGCCCGGACUUGCACCUUCAGAACCCCGAUUCCGCCGCCUCCCCACCUCAGCUCGAUGGCAGCAGCCGGAAGCGCGGCCGAGGCGAUGACGGCGAAGGUGACAACGACGAGGAGAAGCACUCGCCAGAAACGGCGACGACCACCGUCACCACCACGACGGCAGGAGGAGGGGAGGUAUCGGGCCGGAGACCAAGGGGGAGACCGCCGGGAUCGAAGAACAAGCCGAAGCCACCGAUCAUCAUCACAAGGGACAGCGCGAACGCGCUGCGGUCGCACGUGAUGGAGAUAGCGACGGGGGCAGACGUGGUGGAGGCGGUGGCGUCGUACGCGCGGCGGAGGCAGCGAGGGGUCUCCGUGAUAAGCGGCGCCGGGUCGGUCUCGAACGUGACGCUCAGGCAGCCCGCCGCCCCGGGGUCAGUGGCGACUCUUCCUGGCCGCUUCGAGAUCCUCUCGCUCUCCGGUUCUUUCCUGCCGCCGCCCGCACCCCCGGGUUCGACGGGCCUCACCAUCUUCCUCGCGGGGGCGCAGGGUCAGGUGGUGGGGGGCAUCGUCGCGGGCCCGCUCAUGGCGGCCAGCCCCGUCAUUCUCAUGGCCGCCUCCUUCAUGAACGUCGCGUACGAGCGGCUGCCGCUCGAGGAGGAGGAGGAGGAGGACGCGGAGCAGCAGCAGCAGGAUGAGCGUUCGUCGUCGCAGAUGCAGCACGCAGCGGCGGCGUCACAGUCGUCGGUCAUCGCUGGUGGUCAGAUGCCCGACAUCUCGGCUCUCUCCUUCUAUAACAUGCCUACCAGCAUGGCGAACUGCCAGUUCCCAGCUGACGCCUACCCUUGGCCUCCAACUGCCGCUGCCAGGCCACCACCUUUCUGAGUAAAAGACUUCAUGUUCAUCAGAUCUGUUCCUCUCUUGUGUGGAUGUGAAAACCAGACUGCCUGCUCUCUCUCUCUCUCUCUCUCUCAUCUCAUCUCAUGGAGAAUUGGGGAUGAGAAGUGGGAGAUGGUGAAAAGGGUGGUCAAACGCCAGAUUUGGGGAGGGCUAUUCUUGAGAUAAUCAGCCAUGAUUCGUGAGUUCUUGGAUCAUAGACUCAACGAGGACGAGCUAUAAGGAAGAAGAAAGCAAGGAGAAGACAAAAAAAGGAAGAGCAGCAGCUAGCAUUGACAGCAACUGCGACAGUCGGAAACUGAAUUAAUUUUCUGUCUUCUGCCUUUUCCGGAGCUCAGAUUUCACUUUUCCCUUAAUACAGGUUUCUCGAGAAUGAGAUUCCUUUUCACCAUGGCCAUAGAGAUACAAAAGGAGGUUUAACACUUUAACCGUGACGGCUGAUGAGAACAAAGUGCAAACAGUAGUGGUGAUGGUUCUGCCUGAAGCUGUGAUCAUCUGGUUAAGCUCGUCUCAGACGAGAGCUACUGCAUUGGCGAAAGCUGCGUGGUGAGCCCAUCGAUGAAGAAGACGGGAAUACAUGUAUAAUGUAUUUCUCCUGAAGAAGCAGUAGGAUUCUUUUAGGAAGGCAAACAGGCUGUCGUUUUGAUCUUUCCAGAUCUCCGUCGAUCCCUUUUCUGCAACCAAUCCCUUUAAUCCUUCUGCCGUCUCCAUUUUUAUAUUGAUGCGGCACAUACGUGAGGAAAGCUCUAGAGCUCAGUGCUCAAGGGGGAAGGGACCAUACCUUCCUUCCUCCUCCACGAACAAAAGAAAAAAAAAAAAACUUGAUCUUGGGAACAUGCUACUGCUUUGUGGAGUUGACAGCUGCAACGAUUGGUGUGCACAUGUCACGCGGGUGCGAAUAAUUAUACCCCAGUUUUCAAGAAAAGGGCAGUCAAACUCUCCCUCUCUCUCUACAGUCUUUGGUACCAGCGUGACAACGUUGGGAUAAUAGAUGUAACACAAGUGUAGAUAGAUUCCCACUUUUCUCUUCCGUUGUCUUCAAGUCCAUGUGGCUAGCGGAAGAACCGAACGUAUAAUAUUGCAGAUGUUUGUCCGUUCCGUUCUCGCUGUUGUUUCUUUCACAAGACUGUGUUUCUUUCAAAAGAUGUU